AUGGGAUUUCUGACAGAUCAAUCGCUAACCCAUAUCUGUCUGCAGGUGACCCUUGUAUUACUUAUCGCUCGACUCGUUCGUCUUGUUCGUCGCUGGUCUCGUCUACGCCAUAUUCCUGGCCCAGCCAGCGCAGGAUGGACUUCUUGGUAUCAGAGUCGAGGGGUUUUUAGCGGUCGCUAUCAUGAGCAUUUAAAGAACGCAGCAGAUCAAUUUGGCCCUCUUGUUCGUAUUGGUCCCAAUGAGGUGCUCUCAACAGACCCCCUUGUGCUGCGCAACAUGUCCGCUGUGCGAAGCACUUAUACGAAAGGGGACUUUUAUAGCAGCGGCAGGAUAGUUCCUGGUGUUGACAAUGUCGUUUCUGAGAGAGAUGAGGCUAAGCAUAAGUUUAUGAGAGCAAAGAUGGCACCUGGUCUUCUCAAGUAUUCUUACAAGGAGAAUGAAGGUUUCGGCUUCGAAGCAGGUAUAGAUCGUCAACUCCUCAACUUCAUCUCGCUCAUAGACCAAAAGUACCUCUCAACCACAAGCGAAUCACGACCUCUUGACCUUGCCGAAAAGACACAGUUCUUUGCCCUGGAUGUCAUCGGCGAUGUAUCCUUUGGCGAGCCAUUCGGCUACUUGGCCAAGGACGAACAUCUCUUCCAGUACAAUGAAAUAAACGCUAGUUCGCUGCCGGUCAUGAAUAUGGUAUCCGUCUACCCCUGGCUAGGAAGGGUUGUUCAUCAGUGGCCACUAAGUCUGUUGCUGCCGCGGGAAGAAGACCAGGUUGGCUUCGGGCGACUGAUGGGCUUCGCGAGGCACUUUGUUCGCAAAAGGCUGGCAGAGGGGGUCACGAUGAGGAAGGAUAUGAUGCAGAUGCAUAUCAGCAACGGAAUGAAUGAGGAGGAACUUAUCCAACAAGCCUUCAUCUCCAUGUGUGUGCCCUCUAACCACUCCAGCGACCUCCAGUUGACCAAUCUCAGUAUCGCUGGUUCUAACACAACCGCACAUGCACUUCGAAUGACCAUACUCUCCUUAAUCACAAACCCAAAUGCCUACCGCUCCCUCACCGCCGAGAUUCGAAAGGUCGCCUCGUCAGUAAGCAGUCCCAUCUCCUGGGCCCAGACGCAAACACUACCAUAUCUUCAAGCCGUCAUUCGCGAAGGUCUGCGCAUGUGGCCGCCAGUAGCUGGUCUCGGUUUCAAGCAAGUCCCUCCAGAGGGCGAUACCAUCAACGGCUUCUUCGUCCCCGGCGGAACGCAAGUCGGUCAGGGGUUCUACGCUGUUGGCCGAUCACAUCUUGUUUGGGGCCAUGAUGUUGAUGUUUUUCGGCCUGAGCGAUGGCUGCUCGCUGAUGAAGACAGGCUAAGGGACAUGAUAGCGGCGUUGGACACACAUUUUGGACAUGGGAAAUAUUCGUGCUUAGGAAAGCCGAUUGCUCUCAUGGAGAUUCACAAGGCUGUUUUUGAGUUGUUUAAACGCUACGACUUUGCUAUAUUGAACGCUGAAAGACCUAUCAAAACUCAGACUUCAGUCUUUCUCUUUGCUUCGGACUUUUGGGUCACGAUCACCAGGCGCGAUGACGAAGAGGACUGA